UGGUCGAUCGGCAUUUUCAUGGGGAGGUGCAUUAGCACCACCGGAAGAAGGUGAAGAACGUCCACGACGUGCACGAAGCGACAUGGAUAGCGAAGAUAAAACUUCACCGGUCACAUUGACGAGAUGUCCACUUGAUGCUGUUUCGUUGUCAGGAAGUUCGUCAGUAUCGCAUGCUUCCGGAGGUGAUGAGGAAGUUCGCCGUUUAAUGGAUAAAAUUGAGAAAAACGUGCUUACUGAUGGAGAUAGUGAUCUGGAGGCCAGUAAUUUACUAUUAUUGCUGUUAAUAUUAUUAAAAGUUGAUUAA